AUGAAAAAUAUCGAGUAUCUCGAAAUUUCUCCUACAAAUCUCGAAAGUCUCAAAGAACAAGCAACAGAUUGGGCAUUAUCUCAUGGUCUAGUUGUUCGCUCAAAUUCUAACCACUCUUCGACAACUGUCCAUGCCCCAAUUUCUUUGUUUCCUUCACCGUUUCCUAAGAAAGAAUUUGACAUUAAUUAUGUAAGUCCUGAAUAUAAAACCAAGGAGUUGAUUAUUCAAUUUUGGCAGAUUCCUAAUUUUUCGUAUUUAAUUAGCGAUAAUAAAGAAAUCUCUGUAGCAUAUUUUCGUUCCGGAUAUAGUCCCAAAGAUUAUCCAACUGAAAAGGAAUGGGCUGCAAGACUAUUAAUUGAGCGUUCAAAAGCAAUCAAAUGUCCUACUGUUGCUUAUCAACUUGUUGGUGUAAAAAAGAUGCAACAAGUAUUGGCUGUUCCUGGUGUUCUUGAAAAUCCUGAAGGCGAAGCAGCUGCGAAACUUGCUUUGGAACAUCCUGAGCGAUUUGUGAUGAAACCACAACGUGAAGGCGGAGAUAUUCCUCAAUUACUUAGAAAUAUAACUCCGUUAGAACGAUCUUCAUAUAUAUUAAUGGAUUUAAUACAACCACCAAUGAUGAAGAAUAUUAUUAUAAGAGAAGGUAAAGUCAUUCAAGGUGAAAUGAUUUCAGAGUUGGGUAUUUACGGUGUCUUCAUAGGAGGUAAUAACGGAGAUGAGGACGUAGUGGUUAAUGAGAUAGGUGGACAUUUGUUGAGAACUAAAGGUAGAGAAACAAAUGAGGGAGGAGUUGCUACAGGGUAUUCUGUUAUUGAUUCACCCUUAUUAAUUUAA